AUGAUUCAACAAAAGAAACUGAAAAUCGCAGUCAUUCCCGGAGAUGGAAUCGGCACAGAAGUCAUGCCGUAUGGCGUGCGAUGCCUGCAAGCAGCGGCAAACGUUUUCCACCUGGAACUCGAAUUUGAGGAAUUCGACUUUGCAAGCUGUGAAUACUACCGGAAGCACGGCGACAUGCUUCCCCCGGACUGGAAUGCCACGCUAUCGAAAUUUGACGCCCUCUACUUCGGCGCUGUAGGCAUGCCAGACCAAGUCCCCGACCACGUUAGUUUAUGGGGUAGCCUGCUGAAGUUCCGCCGCGAGUUUGAUCAGUACAUCAACUUGCGGCCUGCACGGUUAAUGCCGGGAGUGCGCUGUCCGCUGGCGGGGCGCAAACCGGGAGACAUCGACUUCUGGAUCGUCCGAGAGAACACGGAGGGCGAAUACAGUAGUAUCGGCGGGAAGAUCUUCGAGGGCACCGACAGAGAAACUGUCAUUCAAGAGACAGUGAUGACCAGGACCGGGGUCGACAGAGUGCUCAAGUACGCUUUCGAGCUGGCCCAGAGCAGGCCGAAGAAGCAUUUGACGAGUGCAACCAAGAGUAAUGGGAUCAGCAUUACAAUGCCCUAUUGGGACACCAGAGUCGAGAACAUGGCCAAGUCAUAUCCUGAAGUGAAUGUCGACAAAUAUCACAUCGACAUCCUAACGGCGCAUUUUGUCCAACGACCUCAGAUCUUUGAUGUGAUAGUUGGCAGCAAUCUCUUUGGAGACAUUCUCUCAGACCUGGGCCCAGCUUGCACGGGGACAAUCGGCAUAGCACCAUCAGGGAAUAUCAAUCCCACAGGCGAGUUCCCAAGUCUGUUCGAGCCAGUACACGGAAGCGCGCCUGACAUCGCUGGCAAGGGCAUCGCCAACCCUGUGGGCAUGAUCUGGGCUGGUCAGAUGAUGCUGGAACAUUUCGGCCACAAGGAGGCUGCUGCUGCAAUGCUCAAGGCGGUCGAGAAUGUGCUCUCCCGAGCAGAUGAAAGUGUCAUUACGGCGGAUAUGGGAGGAAAGGGAAACACGAAGAGCUUUGGAGACGCGAUUGAAAAGGAGAUUUUGUCUUUUGCGUAG